AUGGAGAAGUGGGCACUGAAGAUACUGGUGGUGUUUUCCGUCGUACUGGACAGCCGGUUUUGCUCAGGUUUCCCGGUGUAUGAUUACGACCCCUCCUUGCUGCGGGAAGCCCUCCGUGCCUCUGUGGCCGAGGUGAACUCGCAGGCCCUGAGUCCCUACCUGUUCCGAGCAGUCCGAAAUUCGUUAAAAAGAGUCAAUGUCCUGGAUGAGGACAGCUUGAUUAUGAAUUUAGAGUUCAGUGUUCGAGAAACAAUGUGCCUGAGAGACAGUGGAGAAGACCCCUCUGCCUGUGCCUUCCAGAGGGGCUACUACCUGCCAACAGCCUGGUGUAGGAGCACCGUGCAGCUGUCUGCACAGCAGGUGCGGGACACGUGGGCUCAUUGCCGCUGGGCCUCCACAUCCGAGUCCAACAGCAGCGAGGAGAUGAUUUUUGGGGAUAUGGCCAGAUCCUACAGAUGGAGGAAUUAUCUCCUGGAUCGCAUUCCUGACGAGACCCGAAGAGAGCAAACCUACCACCCGUCUCUUGAGAUCAUGAGAAGGCGUUCUCUUCCUGGAAAUCGAAGGGACCUGAACCGCAGGCACAGAGCAAGAAUGAAUGCUGGCUUUGAGUGA